ACUAGUAUGGUAUCAUCCUAGUCCUUGCAAAGAAGAAGAGAAGUUAUUCAUGAGGAUCAGAUUUGGAUAUUUUGUGCUUCAAAUCAUAUUUACUUGUUUCUUUACACUCUCUUCAACCAUUGACAUCAUAAAGGCUAAUGAAUCCCUUGCCAACUAUGAAGCUUUGAUUUCUAAUGGAAAUAGAUUCAAGCUAAGUUUUUUCAGCCCACCAAAUAGCAGCCGACGUUACCUCGGUAUCAUGUACAAUCUCCCGUUGAUGACUGUUGUAUGGGUGGCUAAUAGAAACAAGCCUCUCAAUGAUUUAUCAGGAACAUUUCAGAUAUCAUCAGAUGGAAAUCUUGUGAUCUUAGAUGGUCGAAAGGAUAUUGUGUGGUCGACUAAUCUCUCAUCUUCUGUAGCUAAUUUCAGUGCUGUGCUCUUGGAUACAGGGAAUCUAGUUCUGCUAGAUAACUCCAAUAAAUCGUAUGUGUGGGAGAGCUUCCACCAUGCUUCGGAUUCUUUUCUACCAACUAUGCGGCUUUUUGUAGAUGUGAAUAGGAGCGAGAAGAAUGUACUGAUGUCGUGGACAAGCCCUGAUGAUCCGGCACCUGGAAGGUUCGCCAUGACCAUUAUGCCGGACAUCCCAGAGUCAUAA